AUGCACUUCAACCAGAUCUUCCUUGGUGCUCUGCUCGCCGUCGGCUCAGUCUCUGCCAUCCCCAACCCCAACGCCGAGUUCGUCGACGUCGACCUCGCAUCCCGCAGUCUGCUUCAUCACUGCGGCAAGCACGCUUCCUACGACCACACCAAGAAGGCCUGCGAGUGCCACGACAGCGGCAAGGUCUUCCACGAGAAGCACAAGAAGUGCGAGUGCCCCAAGGGCGAGAAGUGGCACCACAUUGAGCGAAAGUGCAAGAAGUAG